AUGUCCACCAUGUUCCCUCAAAAUAUGAGCCAGAGCCUAGUGCCGCUGCCUCUUAGAGCUUCUCCAAAUUAUCAGGAUCCCUUACGUCAUGUUGAACGGCAGGCGAGACAUAUACAGCGUAAUCUGCAGCAUCUUAUAGAUGCCCAAAGCGAAGGACUGCUGGCUGGCCUUGGUGGUCAGCAACCUGAAGCCGACAUGCCUAAUGAAAGCCACAUGUCGUACUCGGGAUCAGUAAGCUCCAGGGGAGCUCCAAAAUUACCUACUCGACAGCUGUCUAACAAGAAGAUUGGGUUGCGUUCAGCACGGGAAGGCAUAUUUACAUCCAUGUAUGACCUGAUGCGAGUGCGUGAGGAAGAACUAGAAAUACUUUCUUACAGGAGGGAGGAAAUAGACCUUGGAUUGAACGAGAUCCUAACAUUCAACACCAAAAGAUCCGGAUUGGAGAAGGCUAUCUCAACCAUGAACAAUGACAGAGAGACUCGACGGUCCAUGGAGCUGCGAGAUGAGAGUUCGACGCUCGAGGCACAAAUACAUGAGCUGGAGAAUAAACUGGCGCAGAUGAAAGCGAAGCACCGACACGUUGUUCAGGAGCUAUCCCAAAUUGAAAAUUCUGUGGAGGCCAAAAUGUCCUCCUACAAAGCCUCUUUGUCGCUUCUCGAGAGCGAUACGCGGAAGUUCCUCGCGGAUCCCCCGGUGAAGCCACCAGCAAGGGGAACCGCUGGAGAAAGCUUUUAUUCCCUGAAAUCCAACCGAAGAACUCUUGAGAUGGCACAAGAACAUUGGAAUAAAGAACAGUCUGAAUUGAAACAAAGACAAAAUGAAAUUGAUGCCGAGAUAGAGGCACUCGAGGAGGGUGGUGACGUUUGGAAACGGGUGGUUAAAGCCAUAACAGGGUUCGAGGGGCGCUUGCGAACGGGAAUGCACCGUUCAAUAAAGGCACAAGAGCAGCUGCUGAAAGAGGAUGGACCCUCAUUCAACAACGGUCGCCCAGGCCAUGCUAUCAUGGAUGACCUGUCAGAGACCACAGACCUCGUAGAACAACAUUUGGACCAUGCGGAGCGGAAAAAUUGGAAACUUCUCGUAUGCUGUAUUUCGGCAGAGCUCCAAGCCCUGCGAGAGGCCCGGCAGAUGCUCCUAAGCAUCUUCAAUACCACAGAAGAAGAACUCCACCAGUCUGCACAAGCAUCAUCAGAGUCCCGCAAGAGCGUUGAAAAUGAAUCCCAGGCUGAUACCUAUGGUGACGAAAACCCGGAUCCUCCGGCUGACUUAUUACGAGAUGCGGAGAACCAUUCCCAUGAUGCAGCCAGGUUGGACGAUGAAGAUGAAGACGAUGAACCAGAUCCAGCUUGGCUACUUCCAGAAACCUGA